AUGUCAUUCCGUGGCGGAACCGUUUCAUCCCCGCCACCUCAUGCGGUGCGACUGUCGCUGUCGAGCGCCAAGCGCCGAGGCCAGAUUAGCGAGGCGACCCAUCGCGACGCACUCUUUUGGCCUCCCCUUCCCGACUUCAGGAGGCGCGAAUUGCAGAGCUGGAUUUUCGGCGCUCAAAUUUGUGAGCAUGCCCAAGGCGUAACACGUCCGUGCGUUUGCAAAUGCGAUUCGCUUCUCGGAUCGGCGUCACCCAACACAGCCGCGAACGCUGCUGCUCCACCUCAACCAUCAUCGCUCGUCUCACCAUCCACCACGGCAAACACUGCACGCGUUGUCUCGACACAUCCGGCUCGAAAGUAUCGCGCCUUUUGCCAUCAGAUCGUAGCGUCACUUUUCUCACCCGCAACGACUGCAGCAUCAUCUUCAGCAGCACGCUACCACCAAUAG